UGCUCGAGUGUUGGGAAGGAAGAUGGUUCCUCUCGCCCUUAUUACUGUGACUGGGAUGCUGGCUCUUCUGCCAAGCGAUGCUGCAGCUCUGAAAGCCGGAGAUUGCGAGGUGUGCAUUUCUUUCAUGACCCGGUUGUACCAGUCCCUUAAAGAACGGAAAGUAGAGUUUAAGCCAGACGUUGUUGAAAAGGAACUGCUAAAGACCUGCAAUGAUGCCAGAGGAAAAGAGAACAGGCUGUGUUACUACAUUGGAGCCACCAGCGACGCUGCCACCAAAAUCACAAACGAGGUGUCCAGACCAUUAAGUAACCACAUCCCUCCUGAGAAGAUCUGCGAGAAGCUAAAGAAGAAAGAUGGGCAGAUCUGUGAGCUGAAGUAUGAUAAACAGAUUGACCUGAGCACAGUGGAUCUAAAGAAGCUCAAAGUCAAGGAACUGAAGAAGAUUUUGGAUGACUGGGGCGAGUCCUGCAAGGGCUGUGCUGAGAAAUCGGACUUUAUCCGCAAGAUUAAUGAACUGAUGCCUAAAUACGCUCCCAAUGCAGCCAAUGCACGGACUGACCUUUAAAGCGCUAUCCUGUGGAUCUAGUGCAAGAACUGAUCCUCUAAACUAUAGACCCAGCCAGCAGACGUUCCUCUAAUAUGGUUAUCAUUUUUACUUUUUAAGGAACAGAAUUUUUUUUUCACUUUAGUUCUGUUUUCUUUUUUUUUUUUUUUUUCUUUUUUUUUUGUAAAAGUCUGAAGACUCCCCCAGAUUGCAGGAAUAUGAACCCUGCAGUCAGGUGGGACACUUUUGUUUGAUACAUUUGCUUGUAACUUAUUGGUUUUCUCUGCGCUGUCUCGGACAGUCUUGCAGUACGGGGAAUUUUUAUUACCUCCAUGUUACUUUGGGUUCUUGUUGAGUGGCAUUUUUUCUAUGAAAAUAAAAGGAUCCACUCUGCCUCUUGCUGUGGUGAAAAAAAAA